AUGUCUCUCCUCGGUCCCUCUCCUCUUCUUCGGCCGCCUCCCCCUCCUCCUGACGGCCCCGAGAGAAAGAAAACACGUCCGAGGAGAAAGCGAGGAGCCAAGCGCCCCGGUCGGAGAGGAAGAGCAGCGGCUGCCGGCGCCGCCAAUGGCCCAACAAACACCACUCAAGGCACCACAUCUACCAUCGACAUGACCGCACCACCAACCGAAACCACCACAACCACCACCUCGUUCUCACCCCUCGAGGACGGUGAGAUCUUCGAGGACGGAAACGGCGAUCAGGCUCCGCGCCUCGAGAACGCCAGCAAUCAUAUUGUUAAUAUUGCUGCACGACGUCGUACCAUCGCAACAACAUCUUCUGCUCCGCGUACCACGACGAUGCCUGCCGAGGAGAGCACCGCCAUACCCGCCAGCGUGAUCGACACCAUCAGGUCGAUGACCACUGAAGGCCGCAGCCCGGCGGACAUUCGCAACCAUGUGCGUGAGAGACACGGCGGCGGAGUGAUGAGGCUCACGAAACGUGACAUCUAUGACAUCGGAGCGAGGACGGGGCUGGAUUAA